UUGCUUAAUCCCUACGUUCUUUGUUCCUUGUCUGUUAUUCUAAGAUGGGUUGAACGACUGCUCUGGGUUUUUUCCUUUUGAGCUUUUACUAUCUGCCGGGGUCUAAUAUUAGCAUGUUUGAAUUAUGAUGGAAGGUGAUGAUGGAGAGGACUUUAUAAUCUCGCUUUACUUGAAUUAUUGAAUAAUAUUAUUGGAAUUUGGUGUCGCUUGUAGCGAUGUCAAGAGAAAAGCGAGAUUUGAGGCCUCUUUUACUUAAAUUUGCGGUUGCUGUUGCCAUCUCUUCCGCUGGAUUUAUUUAUUCUCGACGUAGAACCCGAAAGACCAAACCGUAUUUGCCUCUUCCGCCUCCAUCACGGCGUGUUUCAGAUUAUUGCAGUGAGUCUGAUGAUUGUGGCAACGACGAUGUUUCGGACUUAAGGACGGCACCGGCUUCUGAUCCUGAAGAAAUAUCCGCACAACGUGCUAGUGUUGAGAAUGCUUCUGUUGUUCUGCCCCCAGGCAGUAGACAGGGCGGAUAUGUGUUUCUCUUUCCGGAGUUCAAUGAUCUUGUCAAGGAAUUUGACACUUCAAGAACGUUUAGAACCGCUAAAAAGGAUGAUCAUGAGCAAGAGAUCAAGCACCUUAGAAAUAUGAUAAGAACGCUUCGGGAGAGGGAGAGGAAUCUCGAGGUCCAGCUGCUGGAAUAUUAUGGCCUUAAAGAACAAGAAGCAGUUGUUCUGGAGCUUGAAAACCAACUGAAGAUAAAUAACAUGGAGGCUAAGCUUUUCACUCUCAAGAUUGCAUCCUUACAGUCGGAAAAUCAAAGAUUAGAGAACCAAGUUGCCGAUCAUGCAAAAGUCGUAGCCGAGCUUGAGGCUGCUAAAUCGAGAAUUAAGGUGCUUAAGAAGAAACUUCGGCAUGAGGCUGAGCAGAACAGAGAGCAGAUUCGAAGCGUUCAAAAGAGGGUUGCCAGCUUAAAGGAGCAAGAACUCAAGGCUCCUGCAGAUAAUCUUCAUAUCGAAUCAAAGUUAGAAAGGCUAAAGGUUUUGGAAGGUGAGGCAGAAGAGUUGAGGAAAUCUAACACGAAAUUUCAGAUUGAAAAUUCAGAACUGGCUCGGAAGUUGGAGUCGACCCAAAUCCAUGCAAAUUCUGUUUUGGAGGAUCCUGAGUCAGAAGCAAUAAACAAAACACGAGAGCGUCUAAGGCAAGAAAAUGAAGAUUUGAAGAAGCAGAUUGAUCAGCUCCACGAAGACAGAUGUGCUGAUGCCGAAGAACUGGUAUAUCUCCGGUGGGUAAAUGCUUGCUUGCGGUACGAACUGAGGAAUUUUCCAUCCAUCCCUGGUAAAACAAUUGCUAGAGACCUAAGCAAAAGCCCAAAUCCGGAGUCGGAGAAGAAAGCCAAGAAGCUAAUACUUGAAUACGCACGAGCUGAAGGAAUGGGGGAUAGAGGGAUGGACAGCACGGAUUUUGAUUGUGAUCAUUGUUCUUGCUCGCAGGCCUUCUAUGGCACCGAAAACGGCGAAGCAGUCGAUUCUACAAUCGGGAACUCAUCUGCUAUGGAAAUCCCGACUUCAAGAAAAAACAAGUUCUUUAAGAAACUUAGGCGGUUAAUACUGGGAAAAGACGUUAGUACAUCAUCAAGAAAAAGCGAUAACAUGGAAGAUGCCGAUUCUCUGACUUGGAGUUCCGGUAGAGGGAAUGAUUUAGUAAACAGGCUACGGAGCAAUAAUGAUAGGUUUACAACUCCAUCUCAGACUUCACCUGCGACCACAUUGGAUGUUGAUAAAGUGAAGGACAUUGAUAAACUCCGAAGGAACAGCGACUGCGGUUCGUAUCGACAUAAAGGAUUCAGUUCUGGCUGGGAUGAGUCCCCUCUCAAACCUCAACUCAAUCAUGGUUCUUAUUCCCAUCGGAGAUCGGACGUUACGAAGUUUGCAGAGGCUUUAAAACUAUGAGAAACAGAGAGAAGACAAAUUCAUAAGAGAGCAGCAAGCAUCAUGUAAUUUUUAGUUUGACACAAUAGCUUCUUAUUGACUUUAAAUUCUACGAAUAAAACUUUUGUCCA